AUGCGAGGUAGUGUAGGAGAGUCAUCAUUCGGCUCGAAUGGAUCGGCUCGACCGAAUGAUACCACGGCCUCACAGAAAACCGACGUGAAACAACCGCACCACGGUAACCUCUCAAGGGGAGGAAAGUUCAUCCCGUUGCAUAUAAUUGAAGAGGACAGUUACGAGAAGGAUGUCUUGUUUUACGUCAACCUCGGCGAUCCAGAGUUACUCGGGGAGGUGUUCGAAACAUUCCUACCUGACGCAUCAGCCUCCGUGGCGGUACAAUUCUCCCCUGAUGAUGACAACCCUGUGGCUACUGGAAAUGAAGCCAAUCAUCUGGCAACACUGCCUGAAGAAGAAGCAGUGGUGGCUAUGAUGGGGUUACCAAGAGCUGGAGAAAUUACCAGAGCUCAGCUCAGGAUUAAGGAGAGCAAGGAGUUCAAAAACACAGUAGACAAACUAGUACAAAGAGCGAACGCAUCAAUUAUCAUAGGCACGUCUUCGUGGAAGGAACAGUUUUCAGAAGCGUUAACAGCUAGUUCAGGUUCUGAUGACCCUGACGAGCCACCUUCUUGUUUCGACUAUGUGCUGCACGUUGUGACGCUGUUCUGGAAGAUUGUCUUCGCAUUGAUACCACCUACUGAUAUAGGUGGUGGCUACGUCUGUUUCGUGGUGUCGAUCAUUUGCAUCGGAUUAGUGACGGCGGUGAUUGGCGACGUGGCCUCUCACUUCGGGUGUACCCUGGGCAUAAAGGACUCUGUCACUGCCAUUGUGUUUGUGGCUUUGGGAACUAGCAUUCCUGAUACCUUCGCUAGCAAAGUGGCUGCGUGCCAGGACAAAUAUGCAGAUGCAUCAGUGGGAAACGUGACAGGAUCAAAUGCAGUCAACGUGUUCCUUGGCAUUGGAGUCGCGUGGACUCUGGCUGCUAUUGUGCACUGGAGCAAGGGCGAAAAGUUUGCCAUCGACCCUGGAAACCUAGCCUUCAGCGUGACGUUAUACUGUUCCGAGGCCUGCGUAGCAGUCUUGGUCCUCGUUCUACGAAGAAGAAAAAGUAUUGGAGGAGAGCUCGGAGGUCCCAAGGUCAUCAAGAUCAUCACCUCCAUGUUUUUCUUCUCCCUUUGGCUGAUAUACCUCACCAUGUCCAGCUUAGAAGCCUAUGACGUCAUCCCAGGCUUCUAAAUGUCCAAAUUCUGGUAAUAUUAAGUGCUUAUUAGAAGAAUUAGCUCAAUCUACAUUGUCUCUUACGACGUUUUUGCUUGAGUUGUAACUUUAGUAUCGAUGGAUGUUACAUACGAGAAUGUCGUAAGAGCCCUUGUAGGUUAUGGUGGAUUUAUUGUAAGAAUAGUCUAAAUAUGUACCGUUAAGCGUGUUCGGAUGAGCGUGUCAGCAGCUGAUAGCCAGCGGAUUUAAUUCACACAACGAAAUAUAAAAGAAUAUUUUUCAUAUACAAAUUUUCAGAGAUCAAGGAUCUUAUUUUCCAGUCUUCUUUCAAAUCGUAAAAUGAUCAACAGACCUAUUCUAUUGAUUUGUUGUUAUUUCAGUUUCAGAUAAGUUUGUCUUAAAUAAUCGUUUAUUAUUCUAUAAAAAAUAUUUUGAACGAAUGAAGCGAAACAUCGUAUCUGUCAGAUAUUUAAUUAAUUAUUUAAAAAUUAAGGUUAUGUUUGUACAAUCAGCUGCAUCUGAACUAGCUCUAUGAUCUAUGUGCUCAAAUGUACAGGUUUAGACGUCGAAUGUACUCUUUCUUCCUUCUAGAACCUUCUCUUUUCUCUUAUAACCUGAUAAUAAUUAAUAAUUGUAGCCUUACCGGCUGUGGUAUAAAUAGAUAUAUAUGAAUAGAUUUAUCAAAUAAAAAAACGAAUUCUAUGCAUCAUUUUAGAAGUAUUAUAGUAUUUGCAUGAUUAUUAAAUUGAGCCAAUAGUACGCACGUAUUGACAGAGAAUUCUGCGUAUUAUAAGAAUGCGUAUUUUUAUCCGCAGCGUAUAAAUUUUAAUGUUUUAUUUGUUUGUUCAUAAAAAGCAAUGCUUUCUUUGUUUACCAAGGAUACAGAUAAUUGAGUUUUGUAACGGAAAUUUACGUGUUAAAUAAACAUUUGUAGUUCAAAUAUUUUAUUAUUUAUUUCUAAUUUUAGAAGUCCAAUUUAAUAAACCAAUUAAUAUAAUUAACACCUCAUACUUGCUUAACCGAUAUUCUUUACCAAUAUGUGCGUGAACAUCUAACAAGAACAUCGUGUUAAGAUUUUUAUUUUAAUUAAAUCGCCAGACGCGCCGUCAUAAUUAACACAGUUAAUUUGAAAGGUGACGACGAACAUUUUAAUAAUGCGAGCCAAGAUUUUGUACACACGGGUUUAUUUAGAGCCCGUAGCGAUUAACGAUGUUAGGGAACUUGGCGAUAGACUCGUUAGCGAUUGGAAUUUGCGAUAAAUAACUUUUAAUUACUGGAGUAUAAUGUUGCAAAUUACAAUCGUUAUAAUUUAUCUUAUGGAAGCCAAUUUGUUUUUGUAAAUAUUUUAGUGAUAGUUUAAUUUUUGUGUGUUGUAGUGUGUUGCCGCUAGAAAAAUAACGUGUAGGUUUUUGUAUGUAAAUACUUGCUGAUACAUAAACUCAUACAGGAUCGUAUUGGAAAGGAUAAUUUUGUCUAAUUUUUUAUAAUGAUAUCAUCAAAUAAUUAAUAUUCAAUAUUCGCACUGACAAAGACAACGUUAUCAGAUGUCGAUGUGACAAAUAAACAUUUUUAAUUUGAUUUUGAUUUUGAUUUGAUGAUAUGUAAAUUCUUUGAUUAUUAUAAAUCCAACUCUAUGUCAAGAAACAAACGAUUUAAAAUUAACUACAGUACGCAUGUAACGCAGUACGUUUAAAAUUUUGCCAAUAUUAUUUUUACUAUUUUCAUCUCAUUGUUCAAAACCACUCGGCUGUGAUUAAAUUGACAGCGUAUUUUAAUUUAAUUGAUAGGUACCUGCCUACUAUCGAUAUAAAUUUAUCGAUUAUCGACGAAUCACUAAUUUCCAUAAUGGUUGCGUUACCGAAUGAAAUUGAACUCGAUUUUAUCGAAUCGUGUCAAUAAAAGACAAAUAAACUUAGUUUAAUUGUAACUGCAGUUUGUUAACUAUAGUAAAUAUUUUGUAUGCAAAUGAUUCGUUAAAUUGUAACAUUAAUUUCGUAAUGUAAUAAUUAUAUUAUUAUUGGCAAAUAGUAAUUUAUUUCGGAUUGUUAUGUUUGUUUAAUUUACAUAGGUACAUUACGCAAACAUGCUUGAUUGUUUGUUUAAUUAAUUAGAGUGGAUACCAAAGAUUUUUGUGACAAUUUUCAACUGAAUUAAUUAAGUAUUUGAAAAUAAUUCCGAUGGUCGUUCAGAUAAUAGUUUAAUUUAUAUUUGACGCCAUUUUAAUUAAAACUGUUUUAACAGAAUUUAUUCUAAAGAAUAGAAAGAGGCUGAUGGUGUUAAAUAAUAAUGAAUUAUGGGUUUACUUAAAGCAAAUGCGGUCAUUGAACUCGCCCAGGCAUCGAUGUGAUAUAUAAAUUGUCACAAAAAUCUUUGGUAUCCACCAAAGAUUUUUGUGACAAUUUUCAACUGAAUUAAUUAAGUAUUUGAAAAUAAUUCCGAUGGUUGUUCAGAUAAUAGUUUAAUUUAUAUUUGACGCCAUUUUAAUUAAAACUGUUUUAACAGAAUUUAUUCUAAAGAAUAGAAAGAGGCUGAUGGUGCCAUUUUCUACUCUUUAGAAUAAAUUCUGUAUUGUAAUUAUGGGUUUACUUAAAGCAAAUGCGGUCAUUAAACUUACACAUCCAUCGAUACAGUUUUUUAAAUUGAUUAUUUGUAUCCGAAAUCAAUACUAACCUUUGUUGUCGAUGCUUUAUUUACAAGUUCCAUAUUUUUUAAAUUACGAACUUUAUCACUCUACUCAACAAGAGUUUUUAUUUAAUCUUCACAUAAAUGUAGUCAUAAAAACUUUGCCAUUAAGUCGGUUAAAGAGAAUCAAAAUGACACUGUACCAUUUUAAUCACAGCCUAGUUGAAAGAUAAACAUUAAUUUAUAACGAAAACGGCACUCAAUUUGAGACUCAAAUCUUUCUAAUUUAGAGCCGAAUUUCGCUAGCUCUAUAAAAUAUAUUACUGCGACAAAAGUAAUUACAAGAUCAUCUUAUACUUGAGUGCCGUUUGAGUUUUUCGCGUAAUAGUCUUCUAGAGAGUAUUAUGUAAAUAGUAUAAUAAACUCAGAUUUACUUAGCAUUAGAUCAAGCUUUAGAUCAAAUUAAGCAGUUGGCUAUGCUAAGCUUACAAAACUGCGGUAAAACCGAUGCGAGAAGCGAUAACGAUUACACUUACGUAAUAUCAUAUAAUUAUAAAAUAAAUAUCGCUUUCGAAGCGUAUUAUUAUAAUGAAUAAUCACGAAAUAAUAAUUUUCGACGGCAAAAAUAAUGUUCUUAAAAUUAUAAUUUAUAAAUAAUGUUUAUUAUUUCGUGGCAUAAAUUUUAUAAAAAUAAAUUCACGGCAUAAAUAUUUAUUUGAGCCAUAAAAUUAUUUUUUAUAAAAUAUAAAAUUUUGUUUUUUAACAUCAAAGCUAAGAACACCAUUAUUAUAAUAACGGUGCAAUUAAGAAAACCGUUAAUUUAGAAGGCACCAAUACGAAAUUAUUCAUAUAGAUAAGUACUGCCAUAAUUAUAAGAGCGUUGAUAUUUAUUUUUAGAUGGCUUGUGUUGAACGAUAUUAUCGCUAUAUUUAGAAAUUGUAUUUAGAGUAUAAUAUUAUAAUGAACUUUAUUUUAAAUUCUUUUGGGUUUCAUUUUGAUCACUUAGCGUCUUAGCUUCCACGUUUGAUUAAAAAAUCUUAUAUCGAUUUGAUAUGAUAAUAGAAUUUACAAAUAAAAAUGAUCAAGUCAUCAAAUACAUCAUAUACCAAGGUCACACAUUUUUAUCCAUACGCUAGCGAUAAAAAUUGUCAAUCACUAUCGAUAUAAGAGUAGCUAGUCGAUGAAUCGAACGCUUUACUACUUUCCACGUCUAUUUUAUAACUAUCUUCUAAAUCUAGAUUUGUUCAACCUCUUUAUAAAAAUAUUCUGCCUGACUUCGGACCAAUAUUGUUGUUUUGAAUUUAUUUUCAUCGUAGACAUAUUUCUACGCUUUCAGUAGAUUUUUCUAAAAAUUUUCACCGUAUCUACUCUUUUAGAAUCUCUCAUAUUUAUGCUUACCUACGGCUUCGUCGUGUUUUCAUCCUAUCGGGAAAUUUUUACCUUGCAUUUUACUUUUAGGUCUUACAACUAUUGUAUUUGAAGUAAAUUUUUAGAAUUUUAGAUUCUCUUUAUGUAUUUUAAAAUGCGUAUACAUUUUAACCAACCUAUAUAUAUUUAUCACUUUCAAAAUUUUAAGUGACAAAAUUUUCCAAAAUUUUAAUAAUGUAAGAAUGAUACAAAAUAUUGCGAAGAAUAAUGUCUUAAGCUAUAUUUAAAACUCGAUACUAGUCAUUGAACAUAAAUAUUCGAUAGGCGAGUUCUAUUAUUGGAAUGUCGAUAGUACUGUGUCUGUCAGUGGCGUGUGGCACCGUGAUUUAAUAUUUAAAAUGUUGGCCUUGUAAAACUGUUCAAUUGAUUCGUUACAUCACUGAUUAAAUAAUUAACAUUCAAUGUUUUAUUAAAUAACCCUCACAGAAAACCGGCGUGAAACAACUGUAGCGUUAUGUUUCGCCGUGUGAUUGAGGUUACAGGAGGCCCUCUCUCAUACCCUUUCCAAUUCUUAAAUAUUGGAAACUCUUAUCCCGGCAAUGCACUCGUAACUCUUUUGGUGUGGCAUGUCCAUUGCCGUCGCUGAUUGCUUACCAUCAGAUAAUUCGUCUAUUCGUUUGCCAAAUUAUCUCAUUUUUUUUUGUCGAGAAAUGUAAAUAUUACAAUAUUAAUAUUACAAUAUUAUUAAAUACUAAAUUUAUUGUAAAUAACGAUUUAUUUGUACACAAUGGGACUUUUAUUAAUGAACAGCCUGCUCACCGCAGCGGAUUAGAGCUUAUUUCAGUUAAUUUACGUGAGUAAGUCUCAAGUCACUUAUUUUCAUUAAACUUCAAUGUUUUGUUUCAAAUAUUAUAAUGAUUACUUAUGAUUUAAUGAGAGAAAGGAAAGAUACACACGCCAUCGCUUUGAUUUCUUAGAAUGAAAUUCGUUCAUCAUAUUAUCAUUGUUUCCAAUAAAAGCAUCGUCAAAUAAUUAACAACCGUCUCCUAACAGUAUAAGUACCAAAAUUUAAAACCAACUUGUAUGCUUAACUUCCAAUCAAAAUAUUCUCGUAUUGCUUCAUUAUAAUUUUCGCCACAAAUUGCCGUCGAGAAACUUUCUCAGUCCACUAAUGUUCAGAUGCAAAGUUUAAUUUUAAUCACAUCUCAUCGACUACAGUUCGUUUGAACACGCUAGCUGAAUAUUCAUUAAGACCGAGGCCAUAGAAAACAUAUUGAUGGAAUAUUUAAAUUUUCAUUUCACAGAAGGAGGAAGAAAAUGCUUCCAACGAAGGCUUUUCUUGCCACAAGAGAUUAUUCUGAUAAAUGUUCGUUAAAUCAGACUAGCAUAAUGAAAUGUGACGUUUGCCCUUGAGAUCUUGCUUGGUUUUAUUGAAAUUGACGCGUGUGAAGCCGCAUAAAUACUGUUCACAGAAAUGACGUCACGCGUGAUCGCACCGUUCGCUGUUAAUAAAACAGAGGUGUUGGACUGUGGUGGGUUUAUAAAGAACUUAUUGGAAGGGUGAUUUUACACAUGAAUAAACAAUAAAGCAUAAAGUAAAUCGCAAUUCUAAAUUUAAAUUGUCUUGUAACAUUUACUAACUAGAAUUGUUCACUACAUUUGGAUAUUGUAAAGUUGGUAUUGGUAUUGUAAAGUUGGUUCAUUUUUUUUUAAUAACUGCUAGGGCAACUCUUCUUAAUUUCGACACAGUACUAUCAACAUGAUAUUUCACAUUUCUAUCUAAAUGUCGUUCGUGUUAGAUUCCUCAGAUUCUUAUCUCUAUUGUAAUAAGGUCGUUUUUGGUUUGUAGUUUUAACGAACUGAUAGUGUACAUAAUAUAUUAUGGCGAAAGAGAUCAUUAUAGAAGUGUGUUUCGUUCGUUCUGUGUGUAGGCAAAUAAAAUUGGGACAGAUUUUGAUACAAAAGAAGACGUUGUAGAGAUUUUAUCGAUAGAAAUGAAAUACGAAACUUAUUAAAACUUUCGCAAGAAAAAAGAAAAUGUGACGCUUGUCGAUAAAAAAUUUGGUAUUAUUUCUAUCGAUAAGAUCAAGUUAAUUUAAAAGUAAGCACCCCUCUCAUAUUUGAAUUUUCAUUUCAUUAAUGACUUUGGAAACUUUUUUAAUUUAAUUCCUGCAAAAAGCGUUACUAACUAAGCUUAGGACAGCGAUAUUAAAAUUUAUUUUCGUAUGACGUCCCAAGAAAUUUUACUUUUUCAUUUUAUAAAUAUUUAAAUGAAAAUAUUAUUUAUGUCACUUUAUAUUUUCAAAAUUAUAAUGAUUAUAUUUUGUUUUUAUAUCACAAAUAAGUAAAUAACACAAUUACGCUGAACAAAAAACAGAUUCACUGCCUUUCCAAUUGAUACACAAAGCCACGUAUUCACAAUAUACGGGAUAUUAAAAAUAAAUAUACUUAGAGGCAAAGCGAUCCGAAAAUUCAACGUUCGGAAAUUGACAAUAUAUUAUUUUUGGUCCGAUAAACUAUGAAUAAUUCAGUAAGGCCUUCCUUUGUUAAGUUGUGAUUCGUAGCGGAUAACGCAAAAUUGAUUUCAUGUAACAAAAAUAUAAAUUUUGUGAACAAUAAUGUUGUGUCAUCAUGCAAAUAUUUAUAGAACAACUUAUUUAUGUUACAAAAUUACGAUUCUUAUUUAUGAAAUUUCUAUUAUUUAUGUUACAGAAUAAUUAUAUAUUUUAUCAAAAAUGUUAUUCGUGUAUGAAAAUUUAUUACAAAUUUUAAAUUUAAUUUAAUACUUGCACCAAUAAUAACUGAGAAUUGUAACAGAAAAUUAAGAUUGAAUAAAAUAAUUCAUAAUAAUCUGACCGGAAAUGUGUAAAAAUAAUAAAAGAAUAUGCUACAUUAAAUAAUAAUUCUUACAGCUAUUUAUUAUGUAUGUUAAAAAUUCAGUUGUAUAAUGAUAUGUUUUCAAUUUAGGAUUUUCAUACCAUAACGUCCACAUUAAAUUAAAGAAAAACAUGUUAAUUUUUUGUCAUCAUACCUUACAAACUUUUUUGUAAUCCUAAAUAGUGUAUUAUUUGUAAUUUAUGGUUCCUAAAUAUUGUCACUGGCCUAUUUAUGCUUAACUGGCCCCAAUGCGUGGUCGACGAAGAUUAGUUUUUUAUGUAACAAAAUUUAAAUAAAAAAAUGUUUAUUUUAUGAAAUUAAUAUAUAUUUUUAUGGUAAGAUAAUUUUCAUUUUGAAAUUAGAAGUUUUAUUUCGACAUAAAUUUAUAAUUUCGUAUUAAUUAUUUAUGUUCGCUAUCUAAGUCGACUGCGCAUUAGAUACUUCGUAUAUGCGUUUAUUUUCUGACAUAUUUAUCUCUAGGCUAACUUCAAUCUUUCUAGCUACUUAUAAAUAGUAAAUAAAUGUGGGUGUAUUUUAUUUCGUAGAUAAAUAAUAUGAAUGUCAUAUUUUUUAAAAUGAAAUAAUUAAUUGUGAAAAUUCGCAACAUAAAUAUGAAAUUGGAAAAUGACUAUCAAUUUUUCCAGAAAAAAUGCCAAUUUAAUGAGAAAGCCUUCAAGAAUCUGGUUUUGUUUUUAUUGACUUCGAAAAUGGCACUUACCGCAAUGAGAACAAAGGCUGUAUUGGCUCUCAUCUCUUUUGAAAACCAUCGCACGUUGCACCAAAGGUCUUCCAAGCAACAAUAAAGUCACUACGCGUUUGAAGGCAUUAGAAAGAGAGACAUAUAUUUUUAAAAGCUAUGACAUUCAGUUAUUAAUAUGUUAGUGUAAAAGAGACAGCACGCCAAGUCGUUACAGUUUAAUUAUGUUAUUUUGAUAAAAUAAUUAUUGUUAAAAUAAAGUGUUUGUUAAGGAC